UUGGUCCAACAUGUCCUUCCACACAUUACGUAAAACCUUUAUAAGGACGCUUGCAUACCAUCCUUUCUACAUAAAUUCAUUAAUUGUAUUCAUCCAAUUCUUCUUGUGUUCUUUCUUAUUAUUAGAGCAAAAGAUUUCAUUAAUCAAUCAUCAAAGGGUGCUAUUUUCUUUUUGUUAAUACGAGAUUUAUAACUAUGGAGAGCAGCUUAGGUGACAUCCUGUUGAAGGUGGCAGUGUUCUUCCUAGUACAAGCUUUGGUAUACCUUAUCCUUUCAAAUUCAUCAAAUAUCUUUUCCAAGAACAUCAAGAGAACCCACAGCUUCAAACCUGCACGGUCUGUGAGCAUUCGGCAGAUGCUGGCUUUGCUCUCCGAUUUUCCGCCGGAAGGAGAACCCUCCCCCUCUUCAAAGAGUCCUCAAUCGCCAUCCCUUCAUAGUUAUGAUAAGAAGCGAUCUUAAGUGUUAGGCUUAGGCUCAGACUUAUCAGGAACAGAUUGCAUGUAAAUUAAACUAGUUAGUUCUCUCUUUUAUUUUAGAGUAUACAGAAUUGUUAGGCAAUCCUAAGUUAUUGGACAGGUCUUGAAUUCUUUUGUUCAUUUGAUAUUUGUUAUAUAUAGGGAGUGGAUCCUCUCCGGUGAGAAAAAAACUGGAUGGUAUCCAGUGUUCAAUCUAACCAUUCAUUGCUCU